UAGGGGCUGCUUCUCGGUGGCUGAGGUGGCAAAACUCUGAUAUGCACUCCUCUCUCUAUAUAUGUUUUUUAUCAAUAUUUUUCAUUCUUAAAGUGUUAUCCCUACAUUUCAUUGUAAAAGGUAAAAUUUACUAGUAUUUUUUUCGAACAACAUGUAAGAGUGGGUCGACCCGUCCCGCCUCAUACCUGCUCGGGUUUUACCCGUCCCGACCCGUAGUAGCAUGGAGCUGGGCAUGAGAAUUGAGAUACCAGCCCCACCCCAUUGUCAUCACUAGGAGCUCUGGGAUGAUGAUCCAUGAAGCCACGUAUACACUAAUCUGAGAUGGGCUCAAACUCGUUAUCCAUUUCAUCUAAGUCCAGUCCAAGUGUACUCCAGGCCCAAAACACAUUGUUGAAAUCAGUGUAGAUUGUGUUUGAUUAUUAAAUAUCAAAAUUUUCUUUUUCAAGAAAACAACCACAUGCAUUUGCCAAUUAUGUCCAAUCCAAGUGAAUUAUUAAACUAUAGAUAAUUCAAGAUGGGAUUCCCAGGUGAAGAUCAAAUCUUGCCCUUGAUCUGUGGGGAAACCCCCACAUUAUUUAAAGAAGAAAAGCCCUCUAUGAGAGACUUUAAUCUAACAUGUGAAAAUUGAAAUUAUCCUUUCCCAAACACAUCCUAGGAUUUCUUUAUAAAUCCAAUGUAGUAGAUAGUAUCAUAUUGAAAUUAGCCUUUCCCAAACACAUCCUAGGAUUUCUUUAUAAAUCCAAUGUAGUAGAUCGUAUUCACUAUGAAGUUAUUUAGUAUCGCAGUUAUUAUCGUUUGAUGUUCUGAUUACACUAUUCGAUUUCACACACUUUUUGGCGGAAUCUACGUGCUAACUAAUCAUUUGCCUAGUGUAUUACCUUUUUUUAGUAGAAUCCCUAGUAUUUUGUAUGGGAGACAAAGACGCUACGAAAUUAUAACGUAGAUGUAAUAGAAAAAGGUGUUAGUGUUGUGGUAUAUGAUCCAUGAUUGAACUUCUCCCAACAUCUUAGUUCUUGGGAUCAACUGGGUUUUGACAUGGUACAAAGCUUUCUGUAACUGAGAGGUCGAAUCUAUGUAACAAAAAAUCGACCGAAAGGACUUAUGUUCGAUUCCCAGUAACCCUAUUUGAUAAGCACACACCUGUACAAACUCCAACUAAAAAUCUUUUGACGUAGCAAUCUCUGUAACAAAAAAUCAGGAAAAAGGUCAAAAGCUGCCUCCAUCUACUUUGUCAUCUUCUUCAGUCUUCACUUUCAAAGUCUCAAAGAAGAAGAAAAAAACGUUUCUCCAUCUUCAGAGAUUUCCUUUACCGCCCAUGUCUCUCUCUCUCUCCCUCUUACCACUGCAGUGGGCCCUCCUCCGCCAUUGUCCUUCUCCUCCCGGAAGGUUCAGCAAACAAAAGAGAGAAAAAGCUUAACUCAUCCAUUUUUUAAUGGGGCUGGCAAACAGUUGGAUUCAACUCUCUCUGCUGCUUUCUUCCGCCAUUGGUAUUUAAUGGCUGCCCCUGCAAUCGUUUCAUGUGUUUGUCCUGUCGCCCUUGCUGGGUUCGUUCACAUGUCCUAAGAUCUGCAGUCUCUCACUGCCUGGAUCCAUUAUUUUAGUAUACUUACUCUGAUUUGCCGCCCCGGGUCGGGGGCUUUAUUAUCAAACACUUCAAAAGCUCGUUUCUUUCCUACUCGAACUCGCCCAAGUUCGCAAAUGGGGAAGCUCUUCUGCUCUUCCUGCUGCCUUCUCUUCUUCUUAUUGCUCUGCUUCGAACUGGGUUUGGCGGGGAACGUGACGUACGAUGCCCGCUCUCUCAUUGUCGACGGCCAGCGGAAGCUUCUCAUCUCUGCUUCCAUUCAUUACCCGCGCAGUGUUCCCGCGAUGUGGCCGGGGCUAGUGCAGACGGCGAAGGAAGGAGGAGUGGAUGUGAUUGAGACGUAUGUUUUCUGGAAUGGCCAUGAGAUUGCUCCUUCAGUUUACAAUUUUGAAGGAAGAUUUGACCUGGUCAAAUUUGUGAAGACUGUUCAGCAGGCUGGAAUGUACUGUAUUCUUCGUAUCGGCCCUUUCGUUGCAGCUGAAUGGAAUUAUGGAGGUGUGCCUGUUUGGUUGCACUACAUACCUGGAACUGUCUUCAGAACAGAUAAUGAGAACUUCAAGUUUUAUAUGCAGAGAUUCAUGACCUACAUUGUGGAUCUCAUGAAGAAAGAGAAGCUUUUUGCUUCUCAGGGAGGUCCUAUCAUCUUGUCUCAGGUGGAAAAUGAAUAUGGAUAUUAUGAGCAAGGCUAUGGAGAAGGUGGGAAGAGAUAUGCCCAGUGGGCAGCUAAAAUGGCUGUUGCUCAAAAUACUGGCGUUCCCUGGAUAAUGUGCCAGCAGUAUGAUGCUCCUGACCCUGUGAUUGAUACCUGUAAUGGGUUUUACUGCGAUGCAUUCAAACCUACUGCUCCACACAGGCCGAAGAUUUGGACCGAGAAUUGGCCUGGAUGGUUUCAGUUAUUUGGGGCCCCUAAUCCUCACAGGCCAGCUGAAGAUGUUUCUUUCGCUGUUGCUCGAUUCUUCCAGAAAGGUGGCACUGUGAAUAAUUACUACAUGUACCAUGGAGGAACAAAUUUUGGUCGCACUGCUGGUGGACCAUUUAUUACCACCAGCUAUGAUUAUGAAGCCCCAAUCGACGAGUAUGGUUUACCUAAUCUUCCGAAAUGGGGACACCUUAAAGAACUCCACAGAGCUAUAAAACUAUGUGAGAACUUGUUGCUAACCAGCAACCCGGUCAACAUCUCCCUAGGCCCUUCUCAAGAGGCUGAUGUUUAUGCUGAUGCAUCGGGGGGUUGUGCUGCCUUUCUAGCUAACACAGAUGAUAAAAAUGACGUGACUGUCACAUUCAGGAAUGCAUCAUACCACUUACCGGCCUGGUCAGUCAGCAUUCUUCCUGACUGCAAGACAGAAGUAUACAAUUCUGCAAAGGUAACAUCCCAGGCCUCUGUGGUUGAAAUGGUUCCAGAGGACUUGAAGCCCUCAGUACAGUCUUCAAAGGACUCCAAAACCCUUAACUGGGAAGUGUUUGUGGAGAAAGCCGGUAUUUGGGCAGAAGCUGACCUUGUUAAAAGCAGCUUGGAGGAUCACGUCAACAUUACAAAAGAUGCCAGUGACUACCUCUGGUACACAACAAGCAUUACUGUCAGUGAAGAUGAAAAGUUCUUAAAGCAAGGACGGUCUCCAGUUCUAAUGAUUGACUCAAAGGGUCAUGCUGUCCAUGUCUUUGUCAAUGGGCAACUUCAAGGUAGCGCAUCUGGCAAUGGCACAGUUUUCCCUUUCAAGUAUAAGAAACCUAUAGCUCUCAAGGCAGGGAAGAACGAAAUUUCUCUGCUGGGAAUUACUGUUGGCUUACCGACUGCUGGUCCUCGAUACGAAUGGAUCCCAGCUGGACUUACAAGCGUUGUGAUCAAGGGGCUUAACAAUGGACCAGUAGACUUGUCAAAGAACACUUGGACUUAUAAGAUUGGUCUUGAAGGAGAAAAGCUUGCUAUAUAUACACCAGGUGGUAUGAAUCGCGUAAAUUGGGUUGCAACUCCAAAAGUGCCUAAAAUGCAGCCUUUGACUUGGUACAAGACCAUCGUGGAUCCACCAACUGGAGAUGAGCCUGUAGGACUAGACAUGCUGUACAUGGGGAAAGGUCUUGCUUGGUUGAAUGGAGAAGAAAUAGGCAGAUACUGGCCGAGGAAAAGCCCUAAAAAUGGCAAAUGUGUUGAACAAUGUGAUUACAGGGGCAAGUUCAUGCCGGAUAAGUGUCUCACCGGAUGCGGGAAACCCACACAACGAUGGUACCACGUCCCUCGGUCAUGGUUCAAGCCGUCUGGCAACACUCUGGUGAUCUUUGAAGAGCGAGGAGGUGAGCCCACAAAGAUCAAGUUUUCGAAACGAAGAACCUCUGCAGUAUGUGCCUCCACCAGUGAGGAUUACCCCUCUGCCACCCUCCAUCUCAAGUGCCCAGAAGACACCCACAUCUCGAAGGUGAAAUUCGCCAGCUAUGGAACUCCGAGGGGAGCCUGUGGAUCGUACCAGAUGGGAGACUGCCAUGAUCCCAACUCCGUUUCAGCUGUCGAAAAGGAAUGUGCGAAGAGAAACGAGUGCAAGUUCCAAGUAUCUGCACAAAAGUUCAGCAGCAAAGGGAAUUGCUCAGCUGGGAGAAUGAAGCUUGCUGUGGAGGUAAUCUGCAGCAGCUGAUCAUGAAGCUGAGAAUUUUCAACGGUUUAGUGUAGUGGUGAUGAUGAAGCUAGGAAGUGGAGGAAUGGAGAUGAAUGAAAGCCUACGUUUUAUUUUUCACUACGAGAAGCUGUAAGGCUACCCUGAGGUAAAGCCAGGAAUUCACAAGUUUUGUUUGUUAGGGGAAAAAGAAAAGAGCAGGAGAGCAAUGUAGGAGGAAGAAACCAUUGAUUUUUACCCCCAAAUGUUUGUUAUCAUCCACCAACAGCAACAUGCCGAUGGAAUACUGGCAAAAAGCACGAAUUGCCUCGCAAAAUCUAAAAAAUAGAGGUAAAACGUGGAAUUUAUGAUGGGUAAUAAGUUAGAAUAUAAGAAAAAUUCAAGUUCUUAUUCAAAAUAUAAAUAAUGAGCAAACGAGGGCUAGCCUAGUUGGUGAGUGCGCACACUUUGCAUUGUAAGGUUGUGUAUUUGAUUUCUUAGUGAUGACACUUCCUCUUUCCCUCUAGUAGUACUAUCUUGUAAUAGGUUAUUAUAAAUAAAAAUAAUUUGUUAUUUUUCUAUUAAAGUGAUGUAGCUCACAAUAUAUCUAGGAAAACAUAUUCCAAAGAUGUCAUUUUGAAGUAUAGAUUCAAUAUCGGGUGGGUGUGGUUCACAUAGUUAUGCAUACAAAAAGAAAAUAUGAUAAAUUGUGCUUCGAUAGUCAUUUGGUUGCCCUUUCAUUUUUCGGUUUGUACGAGUGAAACGUGUUAAACCAUUUCUCAGUCAAUUUCAUUCCUUAGAAUAAUAGAUGAAGAGUGACACAAGAGUGAAAUAGAUUUAUUAUUUUCUCGAGAAGAUGAAACGAGGGAUGGGAGAUCGUCCUAAUCCUACCCACUAAAGAGAGAACUUGAUUCGCUGAUUGGUUGGUGCUACCUAGUCGUUGAUUCGAAGUCUUCCAAGUUGUUCUAUAACUACAUUGAAACCAAUUUGUUUUUCUCCGAGUUUAGUUGGGUUUGGAGCCGCAAAGAUUAUUAUAUUUCUAUAACGAAAUUUAAGAUGAUAUUGCAUGUCAGAUCGAUAUCUUUACAUGUGACUGCACUAUUCCUCCUAUUUUUUGGGAACGAUCACAUGAUAUCAAUCGAUCACGUAGAUCUCUAUUAUUAUUAUUAUGAUUUGGAUUUAUCUGUGUUCUAAUCCAUGUUCAUCUUAAUCAUUGUACGCUUUUUGCAAUUGAUGAUAAAAACGACAAAAAAUGUGAAUCACAAUCCGCCUCACAAUCGACAAGAAUAAUAAUUAUACAAUGAUUGUAAAUGUGCAUACCACAUUAACUCUAUUGUCGUUAUAUAUUUGAUUUUGGAUCGAUCUGUACUAUAAUUUCAUGCUCAUCUUGAUCAUCAUUCGUCUUCCGCAUUUGAUAAUAAAAUGAUAAAAAUGCGUAUCACAAUUACCCGGCGAGCGAUAAGAAUGAUAACUAUACAAUGAUUGUAAAUGUACAUACCACAUUGGCUGUUGGCACAUUCACUAUGGUAUGAAACUUUAAGUUGACAUUUCAGAGUGGGUAGAUUCUGUUCCAACCUACAAAUUAAGUCAUAAAUGAAAUGUAAGGCGUUUUCUUGUCAGUUUGUUUCCAUAGCUUUUUUGCAUGAAACUACACUGCCAUUUGUAAGAAAUAAUUAUGACCAGAUUCUCACCAUGCACUAUUUUUAGUCAUUCACAUUUAUGAACAGUAAAUUUUCUGAUCCAAG